UCAGUCGCUGUCAUUGCGGUGGCCGCACUCUGCACAGAACAGCAGCACCACACACACACUCCGUUUGAAGAUUAUGCUGCGGCUUCUGGCCAUUUUGUAGAAGACAGACAGAAUGAGAAGGUGAAAAAAACACGCAUUUACGCACUAGGAGGGAAGGACAAAUUCGGAGGGCGCUCACAUAGACACCGUCAACCUCAAAGGAAGAAAAAGAUAAUACCCGCCGCAGUGGUUUAGCAUCGAUACACCGUCUGAAUCGUGGAUUAUUACGAGGAAAUCGCCUUUGAACCAUGAGCUGGGGGUCAGAGCUAUGGGAUCAGUUUGAUAACCUGGAGAAGCAUACACAGUCCGGCAUUGAGUUUGUGGAGAGGUACACCAAAUUCGUCAAAGAGCGAUCGGAGAUUGAAAUCAACUAUGCAAAGCAGAUUAGGAAUCUAUCAAAGAAGUAUCAACCCAAGAAGAACUCAAGAGAGGAGGAGGAGAACAAGUACACGUCAUGCCGGGCCUUCCUGUCGACACUGAACGAGCUGAACGACUACGCAGGUCAGCAUGAAGUCAUCGCUGAGAACCUGACCUCUCAGAUCAUCGCAGAACUCUCGCGGUACCUCACGGAACUCAAGGCCGAGAGGAAAUCGCAUUUCCAUGAUGGACGUAAAGCACAGCAACACAUUGAAAGCUCAUGGAAACAGCUGGAGGCGAGUAAACGGAGGUUCGAGAGGGACUGUAAAGAGGCGGACAGGGCACAGCAGUACUUUGAGAGAAUGGACGCCGACAUCAAUGUAACGAAGGCAGACGUGGAGAAGGCGCGGCAGCAGGCUCAGAUGAGACACCAGAUGGCUGCUGACAGUAAGACUGAAUACUCCAACUUCCUGACCAAGUUCAACCAGGAGCAGAACGAGCAUUACCACACUCUCAUCCCCAAUAUAUUCCAGAAACUCCAGGAGAUGGAGGAGAGGCGGAUCGAGAGGGUGGGUAUGUCCAUGAAGACGUACGCGGAGGUGGACCGCGAGGUGCUGCCUAUCGUAGGGAAAUGUCUUGACGGAAUGACUAAGGCUGCCGAGUCCAUUGAGCCAAAGACUGACUCGAAGCAGGUGGUGGAGUCGUAUAAGUCUGGGUUUGAGCCCCCGGGGGAAGUCGAAUUUGAAGACUAUGGGCCAGGCCAGUCCAUGAAGAGGACUGUCUCUGAAACCAGCCUGUCGAACUCACGAGGAGAGGCAAAGGAACGACCCAGCGGGGGCAAGAGCAAGGGCAAACUGUGGCCUUUCAUUAAGAACAAGAACAAGCUUAUGUCCCUGUUAACAUCCCCGCACCAGCCCCCCCCUGCCCCCCCAGCCUCCAGCCCCCCCUCACCCUCUGCUGUUCCCAACGACCCCCAGUCUCCCAAGCAGAACAAGGAGCCCCUCUCCAACCGUUUCAACGAGUUCAUGGCCUCCAAACCCAAAAUGACUUGCCUCCGGAGCCUGAGGCGAGGGCAGCCUCCUACUCGCCCUCUCUCGCUCUGUUAUCACAAAGACUGGAGGACUCAGGGCAUACCCACGUACGCUUUCGAGGCCAGACAAUAUGUUCUUUCUCUCAAGCUGAUCACACUCAAUUCCCACGUCCGGAAUCUUAUUGAGGGCUCUGGACCAGAGGACUUCAGCCACCUGCCCCCAGAGCAGAGGAGAAAGAAGCUUCAGGCCAAGAUAGACGACUUCAACAAAGACAUCCAGAAAGAGAUGGACCAGAAAGAUGCCCUAACUAAGAUGAAGGGUGUGUAUGAGAAGAACCCCCAGAUGGGUGACCCUGCCAGUGUGGACCCCCGCCUAGUAGAGAUAGCAAUGAACAUCGAGAAAAUACAGUCUGAGGUGCAGAAAUUCGAGGGAUGGCUAGCUGAGGUGGAGGGGAGGUUACCAUCGAAGAGUGAUCCUCCCAGGAGACAGAGUGGUCUGUACGAGACACAGAACAGCAACAGCACCACGGUCGGCAACAACUGUGCACAGGACAGAGAGAGCAGCCCGGAUGGCAGUUACACAGAGGAGCAGAGUUCAGAGACUCAGGUCAAGGUGGCCAUAGCCAACACUCCAGAGUUUGAUGAUGAGUUUGACGAUGGGGAUGAGGAGACACUGCCCACCAUCGGCACCUGUAAAGCAAUCUACCAAUUUGAAGGUAAUACACCUUUAACAGGUCAUAAUGAGGGGACUAUAUCAGUGACGGAGGGAGAGCUGUUGUAUGUGAUAGAGGAGGAUAAAGGUGACGGCUGGACGCGCGUCCGCAGGAACGAAGAGGAGGAAGGCUACGUGCCCACGUCCUAUGUCGAGGUCUUUUUGGAACCAAAUGCCAAAGAACGGUUGUAGAGGAAUUCAGGAUUGAGAAUGAGCUGUACCAUUAUUUUCUCCCUCAUUCUCGAUUCCUAAAAGUGUGAGAGGCUGGCUCAGAAAUGGCAGGGCAAGCAGCCUCGGAGACAGAGCGACCACAUUCACGUUCCUUUUAUUGUCAUAGAGUCAGAAAGAGAGAGAGACAUGACCGAGACAAAAACAGGAGACCGAUUAUGAUGUAUCUCAAUUUCCAACCCGAUACAUACGUAGAGUUCUCUCCUUUUGCAACAGUUUCUGACCCGAAGCAACAAUAAUAAUCAACCCAAUUUUGCACCCGUAAAUCUUUUAAUAGUCUAUUACACAUUUAUAAUUUUGCUUCCGUUGUCCCUGCAAAGCUUUGCUUCUCGAUGUACUAACUCAGCUUCCGCUACGCGGCGUUACCAUGGCGGCUGUUAGCUCUCUCGCCUCAAAUCCCAACCCGCUCCCAUGCCGCCCCUCCCCAACCCCCUUCCUAAAGCACGGCAAGGUGUGGUCAGAGACAGGACCAGCUCCCCCCCCAUCCCCACCAGAAGCAACACAAUCUGCCCCCCCCC